UGAGCAACCCUCUCCUUCAUCCACCGACUGAACUGGUGAUCGACAAUAUCCCUCUAUUGCUGGAAUAAAUCCAUUUCCACCACAUCCAGUUCGAAGCCCUUUAGGUCAUUUUAGUUUCAAUUUUCAAUUCAAGCUACGUUCGAAUUACUACAAUAGGCGACUACUAUGGCGUCCGAGCUUGAUUCGUCGUAUGAUGAGGUGUUCAAAAGAGUUUACGGACUUGACGAGGAGGGGAACGAUGGACAACCCAAGGUCAAACACAGUAUCAAAGAGCCCGAUGAGGCAGAGCGCGACAGAGGUUACCUUGGGUACCUCUCGCCGGAGCAGAAGGCCCAGGUGCAUCAACUGCGCUUGAUGCUAGAGGCGGAGAAGUAUGACCAGCGCCUUGACACGCCAACCUUGCUGCGGUUCUUGCGAGCCCGAAAGUUCGAUGUCAACGCCUCGAAGCAAAUGUUCAUCGAGUGCGAGAAGUGGAGGAAAGAGGCGAUGCUGGACGCGCUGGUUCCAACCUGGGACUAUGUCGAAAAGGACAAAAUGGCCCAGUACUACCCGCAGUAUUACCAUAAGACGGACAAGGAUGGAAGACCUAUCUACGUUGAGAAGCUUGGCGCCAUCAACCUCACCGAGAUGCGGAAAAUUACCACCGACGAACGCAUGCUAGGCAACCUCGCCGUCGAGUAUGAGAAAUGUGCCGAUCCGCGCUUUCCUGCCUGCUCUCGGAAGUUUGGACACGUCGUCGAGACGUGCUGUACCAUCAUGGACCUUGACAACGUUGGAAUCCGGAGUGCGUCACAAGUCUACGAGUACAUCAAGCAGGCGUCCAACAUCUCUCAGAAUUACUAUCCCGAGCGACUCGGCAAGCUCUACAUCAUCAAUGCUCCUUGGGGCUUCUCCUAUGUUUGGUCCGUGGUCAAGGGCUGGCUUGAUCCCGUCACCGUCAAGAAGAUUCAUAUUCUGGGUUCCGACUAUUCCAAAGAGCUCCUUAAGCAGAUUGAUGCUUCGAACCUGCCGAAGGAAUAUGGCGGUACUUGCCAAUGCGGGGGCGAGAAAGAUGCCUGUCGACGCAGCGACGCUGGACCAUGGAACGAGGAACCAUGGAAGCGGCCAGCUUGGUGGGAAGCUGCUGAGGAGAAGGAGAAGGCCUUGGAAACACUCAAGGGCACUGCGAAGGAUCCAGCGGUCACUCAGAAGACUGCUGACGCUGCUGGCUCCUCUUAGCGGCUAUUAACUAUUUGCAUCAACCCACCGAGAUCGUACCCCAGGCACAGGCGUCUCUGUUGUCGCUACUGUGUCAUCCUAGUGUGGGGUAGCUUGCGGACAUGAUGGCAUCAAGCUCAAGAGUUCAAUGCAUUUCGGAUUUUGGCUUUUUGAAACGAGAUAUUAGAACAUAUCUGAGAGGCAUGCGUUGUCGAACAACACGACGACAACGACUGGAAAAGAUGAUAUUUUCUUUCAUGCCUGAUGCAAAACCGCCCAACAGCUCUAUAUGAGAACAAUGAAAUCGGAUUGGUUGCUUCCUAGCUCUACCUGACACUGACCCCGGCCGAAUUAAUGUCGAAGUAAAAUACAGGAAGAGUAUCAACGUCUUCUAGAAACAGUAAUUACAGCACGCCUGUCCCA